AUGCGCAUGCGUCUCCGGGCGGGCCGCGAGGGCUUCCCGCGAGCCGGCCAAUCAUAUUGCCCGCGCAGACGCAGUGGCGGCCUUUCCAACGGGGCGAGCCGGCCGCGGGCCCGCCUCCGGCUCGCUGUUCGUGGGAGGGGGCCGAUGGGGGUUGGGGCGGUGGCGCCGGAGCUGCCGCGGCUGCCGGCGUCCGAGAGGAGCCUGGGGCGGCCGUCGACCAACCGCCCGGUGCGCGACUACCAGCUGCACAUCGCGCGCGCCGCGCUCUUCCGCAACACGCUGGUGUGUCUGCCCACCGGCCUCGGGAAGACCUUCGUCGCCGCCGUGGUCAUGUACAACUUCUACCGCUGGUUCCCCUCCGGCAAGGUGGUCUUCAUGGCCCCCACCAAACCUCUGGUGACGCAGCAGAUCGAGGCCUGCUACCGGGUGAUGGGCAUCCCGCAGUCCCACAUGGCCGAAAUGACAGGAUCUACUCAGGCUUUCACCAGGAAGGAAAUAUGGCGCAGUAGGAGAGUCCUUUUUCUUACACCUCAAGUCAUGGUAAAUGAUCUUUCUCGAGGAGCUUGUCCCGCUGCUGAAAUAAAGUGUCUAGUUAUUGAUGAAGCUCACAGAGCUCUUGGAAACUAUGCUUAUUGCCAGGUCGUAAGAGAACUAGUCAAAUAUACAAAUCACUUUAGAAUCUUGGCUCUUAGUGCCACACCAGGUAGUGAUAUAAAGGCUGUGCAACAGGUUAUUACGAACCUACUAAUUGGGCAGAUAGAGCUUCGUUCUGAAGAUUCUCCAGAUAUUCUGCCAUACUCUCAUGAGAGACUAGUUGAAAAGCUUGUUGUUCCUCUAGGUGAAGAACUUGCAGCCAUCCAAAAGGCGUAUAUACAGAUUUUGGAAACAUUUGCCAGUUCUUUGAUUCAGAGGAAUAUUUUGAAGAGAAAGGAUAUCCCCAAUCUAACAAAAUACCAGAUAAUUCUGGCAAGAGAUCAGUUUAGGAAAAACCCAUCUCCAAAUAUUGUGGGAAUACAAGGCAUAAUCGAGGGAGAAUUUGCUGUUUGUAUUAGCUUAUAUCAUGGUUACGAAUUAUUGCAGCAAAUGGGAAUGAGAUCCUUAUAUUUCUUCCUUUGUGGAAUUAUGGAUGGAACUAAAGGACUGACUCGGGCUAAAAAUGAACUUGGCCGAAAUGAGGACUUCAUGAAGCUCUAUGGGCAUCUAGAGGGCAUGUUUGCACAGACACACAGUGCUUCAUCAAGUGGUGUUUCUAUCCGCAAAGGAGAUAAAGAUAAAAAGUUUUUCUACAGUCACCCAAAGUUAAAGAAAUUAGAAGAAGUUGUCGUUGAACACUUCAAGUCAUGGAAUGCUCAGAAUACCUCUGAAAAGAAAUGUGAUGAGACCAGAGUUAUGAUCUUCUCUUCAUUUCGAGAUAGUGUUCAAGAAAUUGCAGAAAUGCUUUUACGACAUCAGCCAAUGAUUAGAGCAAUGACUUUUGUUGGCCAUGCCUCUGGGAAAAGCAUGAAGGGUUUUACCCAGAAGGAGCAACUGGAGGUAGUGAAACAAUUUCGUAGUGGUGGUUACAAUACAUUGGUUUCUACUUGUGUUGGUGAAGAAGGUUUGGAUAUAGGGGAAGUUGACCUUAUAAUAUGUUUUGACGCCCAGAAGAGCCCAAUCCGUCUGGUACAGCGUAUGGGCAGGACUGGCCGCAGGCGCCAGGGCAGGAUCGUUGUGAUCCUCACUGAAGGACGGGAAGAGCGGACUUAUAAUCAAAGUCAGUCCAACAAGAGAAGUAUUUAUAAAGCUAUUUCAGGUAACAGGCAGGUCCUUCAUUUUUACCAAGGAAGUCCACGAAUGGUUCCUGAUGGAAUCAAUCCAGAAUUGCAUAAAAUGUUCAUCACACAUGGUGUCUAUGAACCGGAGAAGCCUUCUCGGAACUUGCAGCGAGAGUCAUCUAUCUUUUACUCUAGGAAUGGAAUGAAGCAAAGUAAUUCGAAGAAAGAUGGGUUCUUAUCAGAAGAAGAAUUUAAAUUAUGGGCCAGACUUUAUAGAUUAAGAGACAGUGAUGGAAUUAAGGAAAUAACAUUGCCUCAAGUGCAGUUUCCCUCUUUACAAAAUGAGGAAAACAGACCAACUCAAGAACCAACCACUGGAGUUCGUCAGCUCUCUCUCUCUGAGUGGAGAGUGUGGCAGGAUCAUCCUCUUCCUACACAUCAAGUUGACCAUUCAGAUCGAUGCCACCAUUUCAUAAACAUUAUGCAAAUGAUAGAAGGAAUGAGACACGAAGAGGGAGAAUGCAGCUAUGAAUUGGAAAUUAAAUCUUACUUACAAAUGGAAGAUGUUAACUCAACGUCAAGUGCUCCCAGGAAUGAAUAUAAUACUCUUGCCAGUGGCACCUUUACUGCUAAAAAGAAAUCUUCAUUUAUAAAGAAUAUAAAUCGAGGCGGUUCAUUCUCAAUGACUGAAUUUGAUGAAGAUUGUGCUGAAAUUUUUAAACAAACUCAUAUCAAACCUACUAAAAUUGUUUCUGUAAAGAAAAAAGCUAAAGAACUGGGAAAAGAUCAGCCUAAAAAAGAAAAUAAUGAUGUUGUUAUGGAUUCUUUAGAUACUGAUGGCGAUUCUGCUGUUGAAAAUACUUUUAAGGUGGACCUACUAAAUGAUAAAAGGGUAUCAGAGACAGAAAAAGUUGCUGCCACAGGUACUAUCAGUGAAAAUGUUGUUCAUCAGCCGUGUGGAUUGUUAACGGAAUGUCAGGUUACAAGUAAAUCUACUAGUUCGUUUGCUGGAAAGCUUUUAGAUUCUGGUUAUAACAGUUUCGGUGAUGAGAAAUCUGGUUCAUCUGGCUUGUUUCUUCCAUUCGAGGAAGAGCUUUGUAUAGCUGGGACAGAUGACCAGUUUUAUAAUUGUCAUUCAUUAACAAAAGAGGUCGUAGCUAACGUAGAGAGAUUUUUAUCUCAUUCUCCUCCGCCUCUCAGUGGACUUUCAGAUUUGGAACAUGAAAUUGCUAAGGGUUCUGCACAUGAGAAUUUGCUUUCCCUACCCUACACAGCGUAUUUACAAAGUGAUAAAUCCACCUGUUUGAUGUCACAUUCAGCUGUAAAUUCUCAACAGAAUUUAGAAUCAAAUUCACUUAACCUUAUUAAUCAUCCUUCUGAAAAAAGUUGUCUUUACACUGCAACUAAUGAUAAGAUUUCUGAUGAGCCAAGCUUCUGUGACUAUGAUAAUAAAGUACAUAAAGAUAUUCAAAAUGAAAAUUUAGUAUCCAACAAUCAUAUUCAAAUAAAUAUAGGCCCGCCAAAGUAUUUUGUUGAAGAAAAGAAUUGUAAUAUUGAUAAUGGCCUCCCAGUAUUGUUGACUGAUCAAGAUGAAAGUUUACUCUUAUUUGAAGAUGUUGAUACAGAGUUUAAUGAUGUGAGCCUUUCUCCCUCGAAGAGUAAACACAAGUCUCUAUGUGUGUCAGACAAAACUGCUGUGAAUGAAACGGCGCUGGUCUCUCAGUUCUUCAUUUCUGAUGAACUUUUGUUAGAUGAUAAUUCUGAACCCCAAGAUCAAAUCAUCUGUGAAACUAAUAGUUGGAAAUCUCAAGAAGAUUUGAGAGAUAUCCGUGAGGAAAAACUGAAGAAUGAUGAAUGUGUUUUUGACUGCUCUAAGGAUUUAUUUUCUGUUACCUUUGAUUUAGGCUUUUGUAGUCCAGAUUCUGAUGAUGAAAUAUUAGAACAUGCAUCAGAUACAAGUAAGAAUAGAUUUUUAGAUGAUCUAUCUGGAAAGUGUUCAGAUAUUAAGGAGAUAAGUGAUGCAAAUUAUGUUUCAAAUCAAGCAGUAAUACCAAGAGAUCAUAUUGAUAGUUUUACGAGUAGGACCAUUACUAUCCCAUCAAGUGAAGAUAAGCAGAGUCCAAAUUUUGCACAUUUCCCCCUGAAUGCAGCAAAGAAGAAAGAAUUUAUGUCUCCUGGUUAUUCUCAAUUUUCUUUGCCAGUAGGAGAAAAAGUUAUGAGUACACCACUUUCUGAAUUAAACACACUGAACUCAUUUCCUAAGAAGAGAAAGGAAAUGCGUAAGACGCCAGAUUCUAAUAAGGAAAAAGUAAAUCUACAAAGUGUUAAAAAAACAAUGAAUUCAACUUUUGAUGAUUCAGGACUUUCUAUAGAAAAGGCUAAGAGCAGGGAACAAAUCAAUCUGCAUCAAUCCUGUCAUCCUGUUGGAGGUGAACAAUUAACAAGCAGUGAAAGUGAAGAUGACGAGGUUUUCCAAAGAAAAAGUAGAAAAACAAAAGGAAAUGUUUUAGAAUCCCCUGAGGAUCAGAAAAAUAGUGAAGUUGAUUCUCCACUUCAUGCUGUCAAAAAGCGCAGGGUUCCUCCAAACAGAUUAGAAUUAUCAUCGAGUGAUGAAAGUGAGAAUUUUCACAGACGACAUCCACAGUUAGAAGACUUCAAGGGUCAUACCAGGAAUGCCAAAGGAGGCAUCAGAGUCCCAAAGAGACAGAAUAACCUAAAGCUUGUAGCUAGGAAGUUUUUAGAUGAUGAAGCAGAACUUACCCAAGAAGAUGCAGAAUGUGUUUCAUCAGAUGAGAACGAUGAGUCAGAAAAUGAACACGAUUCCUCGUUACUUAACUUCUUAAAUGAUGAGACUCAACUUUCACAGGCUAUAAAUGAUUCUGAAAUGAGAGCAAUUUACCUGAAAUCUUUGCGCAGUCCAUUGAUGAGUGGUCGGUACAAAAUAGUUCACAAGAAACGUAACAACAUGAACAUUUUCUCACAGAUUCCUGAGCAGGAUGAAAACUAUUUAGAAGACAGUUUUUGUGUUGAUGAAGAGGAGUCUUGCAAAAGCCAAUCAAGUGAGGAAGAAGUAUGUGUUGAUUCUGACACAAUAGCUGAAGAUUGCUUUGCAAAUGGGAGUAAAAAAUAUAAAACCCGACGUGCAGUAAAGCUAAAACAAGUGAAGAUGAGACAAAAUCUUGCAUGUUCAAAAAAGAAAUUAUCCAGGAUUAUUUUACCAGAUGAUUCAAGUGAGGAGGAAAGCACUGUAAAUGAUAAAGGAGGCUCUAAUGUUGAGGUUAACCCAGGCACUGUUAACACGAGCAGACAGCAGGACCCUUGUGUGACUUUACUGCCUUCUGGGUCUUCACUGCCGUCCAAGGACCAUUCUAAUCCAGCUGUUGAGCAGUCGCCAGAGCAGAGACAACACACACGACUUCAUUUAAAGGAUACAGUUUCUGAUGUCUUGGACUUCAAACCUCAGAGCCGUAAUAGAACUGAAUCUACCUCCCCAUCAUCCACUACUGUUGAUUCACAGAAAGGCUGUAGACAAUUUCCAGUUCAGUUGAAGGCUGGUGGUGCUCUGGAGGAUUCUAGCACUUCAGUGGCUUACUGUUCCAACUCAAGACCACAUUUGGCUGGCGCACAUGCUUCUCUUAAACUUCCACAGGAGGGCCAGAGAACUUGUAUUCUUGUAGAUAGUCGUGAAAUCACUUCUAGUUCAGAAGUAAUUUCUUCCCUGCGAGCAGUUCAUGGCUUACAGGUAGAGGUCUGCCCUCUUCACGGUGGUGGUUACAUUGUGAGUAACCGCAUGGUGGUGGAGAGGAGGCCUCAGUCUGAGAUGUUGAAUAGUAUCAGUAAGAACAAGCUCAUUGAACAGAUCCAGCACCUGCAGAGCAUGUUUGAAAGAAUAUGUGUGAUUGUGGAAAAGGACAGAGAAAAAACAGGAGACACAUCGAGGAUGUUUAGGAGAACAAAGAGCUAUGACAGCCUGCUGACUACCUUGAUUGGUGCUGGAAUCCGAAUUCUUUUCAGUUCCUGCCAAGAAGAAACUGCAGAUUUGCUAAAGGAACUGUCUUUGGUGGAACAAAGAAAGAAUGUUGGUAUUCAUGUUCCAGCAGUGGUGAACAGUCAUAAGUGUGAGGCACUUCAGUUUUAUCUAAGUAUUCCCAAUAUAAGUUAUAUAACUGCAUUAAAUAUGUGUCACCAGUUUUCAUCUGUGAAAAAGAUGACUAACAGCUCACCUCAAGAAAUCUGUGUGUAUGCACAAGUAACCCAUCAAAAGGCUGAGGAGAUCUAUAAAUAUAUUCACCAUGUAUUUGACAUGCAGAUGUUACCAAACGGUCUUCACCUGGGGAGACUGACAGCUGAUGCCUGAUCGACUGCUCCAGGUGCGGUCAUCAGAGAACCCGCACGGUGCUAAAUGCAUUUCAGUAAUCACUGCUGCGACUUGAUUGUCAGUUUAAAAUAUGUAAAUAAGAGAAUAUCUCCAUAUCUAUUAUUUUAUAUUGUAUACAUUUUUAUUUAUAUAGAUUAUAUAAAUUAUUAACAAAGAAAACCCCUGAUCAAUUAUCAUUUUGAUUAGAUUAUGAACCCCCCCCUUAAUUGAAUAAAGAAAAGUUUAUUGAUGGUACUGUGAAGCAAGUAAAAGCUAGAGUUAGAGAUGCAUUUUGGAAUUUUUCCAGAUUUAUAGUAUUGAAGUUGUCAUUUCUGAGCAUAAAUUGAUGUGUCUGACUGCUGCCAACUUAAUGGUCAUAAACAGUUUUUCCUAUAUAUUAACUAUAAUAUCGUUUAGACUAUUUUAAAUGUCCUGAGUCUAUAUACAUACUGGGUAAGGUGUGGGUGGUAGGUGUAUUGUGAGAUAAAUACCCCAGUAACUAGGAAACUAGAAAAUCUGAGUAUGUUUAUCUUACCAAAGGUGUCCCAAGCAAGCACAGUCAAAUUCUAUUCGUAUGAACUCCAGCCUACACUACUUUUUUCAUUGAAAUAUCAUAUUCAAAGAAGUGUAUAGCGGCCUGGACUUGGAAAAUUUU